AUGAAGUUGCCUCCGAAGAAGGUCAAGCACAUCGAGAAGCGGGUCGUUGAUGGCGUCGAGCAGCAGGUCGAGUUUGAGGAGGUCUGCAAGAAGCUGUUCCUGUUCGCAGACACCGUCGUGCGUCGCAAGCGAAAGAACCCAGCCUCUCUGCUGGUCAUCAUUACGCGGUUCCCCCAUCCUCGUCGCCAUCUACCUACUUGUUGA